CUAUCACUUCAAUCUAGAACAAGGGCUAGGAAACUGACACACUCCAGAAUACAGAGCAACUAGUGUGCAAGCUUGAACUUUCCAAUUUCCUACAGGGGCACAACUCAUCUGCUCCAGCCAUUUGUGACAAAAUACAUUGUUCGUUCUUAUGCAGGCUUCUUCACCCUUGAAGUAGGAAAUGCACAUUUAGAAAUCCAGUCCUGCAUUUAAAUUCCACUGGCUUGAUAGGAUGAAUUAAAUCUAUCACCUAUCCAUUCUCCUUCACUGGAACAAAACAUUGCUUAAGUAUCCCUACAGUUAUAACGUUCUAACGAUUCUGAACACAUUUACUUAAAAUAAAUUCCUCUGAAAUGAGCAAGUUCAGGAUGAUGCAGGUCUAUUCAGAAGUAAAACUCACUGAAAUACACAAAACUUACAUCAAGGUAAAUAUGACCAAGAAUUCUUCUUCAAUUAGGAUUGUGCUAUGAUUCCUCUUCUCCUCUUAACUCCAACAACCUGUAGGCUCAAUACAGGCAAAUGCGAAUCAUAUGCCAAAAAUGUAUAUCCUUGAUACCCUACAUAAUGAACCAGAUUUAUAAGACAUAUAGGUAUCAGAGUUGAAUACAUUCAUAAAGCGUGUCAAACAUUUGCCUAUCUGAUGAGAAGUCCCUCAUGAUAAAAAUGAAGAACUGAGAAGAGAUUUUGUAGAAUAUUUAUGAAAGCCAAAACUUCCAAUUUCAAGGCAUCAUUGGUAUGGAUGAUUAAAAGACUUACCUUACAUAAUGGCAAAUGCUUUUGGCAACUGAUUUUACAGAUUUUACAGAAGCAUACUUAGCACUUAUCAAACACAAGAAAUCACUUAAGAUGUAUAGGGCAACUAUAAGAAGGAAAAUGUUAUGAAGAAUUUUAUAAAGAAACCAACUUAGGCAAAAGGUAAGGUGAAUGUGUGUAAAAUAUGUGAUGUGAGCUAUGAAUCAGGCAGUCCCUAUGUAUGGAUGGAAUCUGAUAUGUACCUGAAGAUGUGAAUUUAAUUUUCUUCUGUUUUAAGAGGGUUUAAAGCGUGAAAGCACAUUUAAAGCAGUAUCAGAAAUCAAUGUUUUUCUUAUUCAGGGUCAAAUGAAUUUAUUUUCACAUUGGCUUUUUCAUUUUUAAAUCUUGUAUACAUCCUGCUCUAGGCUUUGGCUACAGAGCUGAAAAUCAAUCCUUUUUUAAAAAAAACAAAACUCACAUUCUGUAUGUUUUUGCAGAUCUUCCAUUCAUUUCAUGUCAUGUAGGAUAGGCAUAGCUCAGUUUCCUCCUCUAUUGUGUUAAAUAUGUUUUUAAUAUAACAUAAUCCUAUGAAUAUUUAUCCAAGAGUUUAUCCAAUUGUAUUUAAGGCAGCUUACUUGUAGGAUAUUGUAUGCAAGAUUGGAACUUAAGUUAUAAACCAAUGAAAACUGAAAUAAUCUUCCUAGGGAAAUAAUAAUAAUGAUGAUGAUGAUGAUAAUGAUAAUAAUGGCAAUAACUGUGGUGAAAAACAAAAUUAUUCUGUGAGUUGGAUAUCUAUAUAUCUUACCAGAGAAUUCCCCUGACCCUUAAGAGCCUUCUCUCAAUCUUUAAAUAUUAAAGAAAGGCUGUAAUUGUUGAAGAUCGAUUUUUAAAUUUUGGCUAAUUGUUGCUUCUACCACAAGCUUUUUUUUUUGUAAAAAAACACAAAUACAUGUCAUUGUUAAGUAGAAAUAUUUAGGGGCAAAUUCUAAAAUUAAUAAAAAUAUUUGAGCAAAUUCUAAAAUUAAUAAAAAAUAUCAACACUCGUAUUACAAAAAUCAUUUCCAAAAAAGAUAAUAUUUUUAAAAUUAGACCUUUAGCUUUAUGUAAACAUACCUAUAGAUUGUGCAGAGAGAAAAUGCUUCAGUUCAUUGAAAAACGAAAAGAUCAAUAAAUAUAUUCUAUAAAAAUUGGUAAUACUGCAGUUUUCUUCCAGAUGUGAAUUCAAAAAUAAGAUAAAAAGGAUUAAGUUUUAGGAAAACAAGCCAAUGUAUAUAUGGAAUCACACCUGUUCAGAUACAUAUAUAAAAAUAUUCCUAUUCAUUUUCUCUGAACAUGCACCAGUAUGGAGUAUAUGAAACUCCUUUCCAGCUUGGAGGAGGGUGUCGGAUUGACUUUUAAAUGAAACGGGUUUAUAUGUAUGUAUAUAUAUAUAUGAGGGUUUAACACAGGGGUGUGUGUUAAAUGUUGGGGGUUUUGUGACAUCACCAGGUUAAAGUACCCAAUCAGCUUGCACUCUGGAGAAAAUUAUUUAGUGGGGUGUUUCCUACAAUAUACUGUACUCAAGUCUCUUAAAGAAAGAAGCAGGAAAAAAGGUGGCCAUGCCAUGGAUUUUGGUUGCUGUCUGGGGGGACUGAAAACCCUGUUUUUUGCUGUUCAGGAAUGAUUCUUUGCUCAGAGGCUUGCCUGCUUGUUUUUAAAGAUUGGACUGAUUAAGAGAUGGGUGAAAUUUCUUCGGUGCCCCUCCGGGGCAAAUUUGAUUCCAAGAAGAAAAGAUAUGAGGAGGAGGAGGAAAAAUAAUAACCCGAGAGAAGACAUUUUUCUCCUUUGGACUUCUCUGGGGAUGUUUAGAGAGUGGAGAAUAAAGCGCUGGGAAAAGAAAAGGCUGCUCUGGAUCCUCAAGAGAUGCAUUUGAAAGGAAAAUUUCUCACUCAACGAUGAGUGCUUGAUUUGGGAGGGGGGGGGAUAGAUGGGAAAUGGGAAGAGGUUGGAAGAAGAGCCGUUUCUACUAGCUCCCCACUGGCGGCCUCCCUGCCUCCCUUUUAUUUUUUAUUUUAAACAUGUUUCUGACCUGCGGGAUGGCUCCAGCUGCGGCUUCCGCUGCCACUUCCAUGGAUUACAAUGGAGAUUUCCAAGCUGGUUAUCAGGAAAUCGACGGCAUCAAUUUGGGUUACCUGCAGAUUAACGGCACGAAGAUGUUUGCUCUGACCCAGGUCUUCAGCGACCUUUUUAAGGACAUUCCUCGGGCCGCUGUGAGCAAAAAAAUGGAAAGCCUCAAGAUCCAGAGCCGCCGGUGCGACCUGAAGGAGCUGCGCACUCUCAAAGCCAUCCAGUCGGUGCCAAUGCGCGCCGUCAAGUGUUCGCUCAUUUCCAAGACAGACCUGGAGGCCCUCUGCACCUCCUGCAAGGCCUUAACCCCCAGGAAGAGGAAAAGGAAGAGGAAAGUCAAGAGAAGGGAAGCCGAGGUCCUGUUCGAUCGGUCCCGGUUACUCCCGGCGUAUGACGAACCCGACCACCACGCCUUUCGUGCCAGUUUGGGUGCCGGCUGCACCAAGCGCGAAGCGCUCUUCGGAGCUCCAUUUGCUAGGAGCUACGAGAAAACUGCGCCGCCUUCCAAAAGCUACAGCCGGAAUAGUAGAGCGCAGUUCCUGGCCGGCGUCCUCAACGCUUACCCGGGGGAUUUGCAAUUCCUACACUCGGCAGUCAGGGCGCACGGAACCGGUCAACCGCCUCGCGAGCCGGAGAUCGGGCGCCCCAAACGCUCCACUUGCGGCUGCCUGGCCAAGAAAGGUCGCUCAGCCGCUAUCGCCGGUUCCAAGAGGCAAGGUACGUCGGCUGGCUAUUCCAGUGAUUCGGAUUCCAGCGGCGCAUCAAGCCCGGCAAGUUCCAGCGAUUCUUCGGAAGAUGAGGAGGAGGAGGACGAUGAAGAGGACGAUGAAGAGGAGGAAGACGAAUCUUCCUGCAGUAGCGAAGACUGCAGCUCCUCCGGGUCAGAAAGUAGUUCUCUAUGCAGUGGCGAUUCAGUGCAAAGCACGAGAUACAGACAGGCCGCCCUUCCCCGCCUCCCUCCCCAAAAUGCAUCUUCCCAAGUCUUCCCCAGCGUGGCCAAAGCGCUGCGCCCCGACCCGAACUUGAUCUUUUGGGCCAGGACGUUGUGCGCCUCCACUUUGGAAAGUUUCAAGCCGGUUCCCACCACUACGCCCAAGGAGCUUCAGCAGGAUAGAUCGGAGACUCGGCAUUCUCGUCCAGUCGGCCCUAGCGAAAGACCGCAGCCAAAGAACGUAGGCAUCAAGGAGGCGUCGGAGUUGGGUGUCCAGGAGGGCGAAGAGGUCGACUUCCUGAGCAUUCCCGGCGUUCGAGCUAGUGAGCAGGAUAAAACUGAGGAAGCCGCGCUUCAGCAGACCUCUGAGGAAGGGUCAGGCAGAGGGGCCCAUUUCGACCGGCUUAUCAGGCAAUCGAAACUGUGGUGCUAUGCCAAAGGGUUCAACGUGGAUGGGAAAGGCUUGCGGAGAGCCGAGCAGGCCAAAGGGUGUUCUCCCACUUCCAAAGCUGGCCUCCUCAGCUUGGCCAACAGACCACUGAAAGGGAGCAGCGACUUGGAAAGGAGUGCCAGGAGAAGUCGAGUUGAACAGGCCAAAGGGAGGCCCCCCAAGAUCCAGAGGAAGAAGACCCCAAAGGGGGGCACCCCGCCUUGCAAACGCUUGCUCAGCGCCAGUCCCGGGCCUGUAAGGAAUCCAUUUACUUUGAUGGGCACUUUUCCGUGUACGCCCGCGUUAGUUGUGGGUUCCGAUGGGGAUCUGUGUCCUGCGUCGUCUCUAUGCGUCAAAGACUCUUGUGCCCUCUCCAAAACGCACCCACUUUGGACCUGGCAGCUGGGGGGCAAUGCCAUCCCCAUGCCUCCCAGCCUGAAAUUCCGGGGAUAUGGUUUUGAAAAAGUCUAGAUGGAAGGUUUUAAAUUAGUUUAUGUGCAACAAUUUGUCUUUUGUGGAGGGAACAGUGUGGAUGGGAAAGGAAAAAUAGAAUUUGUAAAGAAAAGGAAAAUGAUCUUGCAAUCUCAAGUACAUAAACUUGGAAAUAACCUUUUUUUGUUUCAGUGGCCUUUAAUUCCAAGUCAGGUGAUAAUACCAAUUAAUGAUGUUUAAACUCAUUUGCCCCAAAGUAAGACUGGCUAAAAUAGAUAAAAAUGUUUUUUAAAUAGAAAAAGUGCAAUCAAAUAUAUAAUUAUUCAGAAGGAAUUGUGGGAUUUAAUUAUGUGUAUAAGUGGCUGUAAGUUUGAAGUCUAAAAGUUUUCAAAAGAAGAAUGGACUUUUGAUUCCCAAAUAGCUCAAGUUUUUUUUUUAAAGAAUCCUGAAAAUCUCCAUCUCUUGGCAUUUCUGACAUUCCUUUAUUUAUACCAGUAGCUUUGUUUUAAAUAGCCCAUCCAAUCAGUAAUUCUUAAUAAAAUUCACACCUUUGAAACUUUAGAAAUUUAAAUCUUAUUUGACAAUGAUUAGAGGGAGCCAAAAUAAAUGAUUAAAAAGAAAUGUUGAGAAUAAGAGAAAGUAACUUGAAAAUAAAGCUGAGUAUAAAUAUCUAAGUUCUAUGCUUUAGUUGGGAAUACAGUG